CUAUGCCUAUGAGGAUACCAGUUUGAAACGUGUACUUUCAUUAAAACAAACACGAUGAAUUCACUAAGAUUCAUGACUCGACGAAACAUUCAUCAAAUUCGUCAAUUUCACAAAUGCAUUGUUCAACAAACUGAAGCAGCUGCUGUUACUGCCAGAGUUGAACCAUUAGUUUCUCCUCCAGUUGAUACAACUAAGCAACCACCAGUUAGUUCUAAGAUAGAACAGAUAGCUGAUCAAAUUGUUACUUUAAAUCUUAUAGAGGUAGCACAACUAAGUGAUCUAUUGAAAAAACGAUUAAAUUUACCAGAUGCCCCUAUGAUGCCCAUGGGUGGCUUUGCUGUUGCACCUGCUGCAGUGGAAGAAGAUGAAGAACCACAAAUAGUACAAACUGCAUUUACAGUUAAGCUAACUGCCUUUGAUGAGAAACAGAAAAUACCUUUAAUAAAAGAGUUGAAGAAUAUAUUACCAGAUUGCAAUCUUGUACAGGCUAAAAAGUUUGUUGAAGCUUUACCAGGAAUAGUUACAAAAGAUAUUACAAAGGAAGAAGCAGAGAAGUUAAAAGAUACCAUUACAAAAGUAGGUGGUACUGUGGAAAUCGUUUAAUUCUUGAAUAUUAGUUUGUAAAUCUACAUCCAGGAGAUCGCUUAAGAGGUCUGAUAGUAUUUUGUAAUAAUUUCUAAACCAUUUAAGACUAAAAUAAAAGAAAUUACCUAGCUCUGUAAUGCAAUACAAAUUCCUGUUCCAUUAGCAUGCAUUUUACGAAUCUAAAAAUAAUUAUUAGGUUCUUUUGUAC